GCUUCCCCCCCGGCCCCGCCCGUCACCUCCCCUCCCCCCGCCAUGACGUCACCCGCCAUGAUGACGUCACCGAUGACGUCACCGAUGACGUCAUCGCCGCGCAAGGCCAAGGCCAAGGGCGCCCCCUUCGUCUGCGGCCUCUGCGCCAAGGAGUUCAAGAACGGCUACAACCUCCGGCGCCACCAGGCCACCCACGGCACGGGGGGAGGGGCGACCACGCCCCCCAAGAGACCCCCCGCCAAAGCCCCUCCCCCCACCAUGCUGCCCCUCCCCGAGCUGCUGCCCGGCGAGGCCGCGCCCGAAGGGGGCGGGGCCGGAGCCGCGGGGGGCGGAGCCGGAACCGGAAGCGGCGGCGGAGGGGGCGGGGCUUCGUCGCGGAGGCCCCCCCGGAAGAGCCACGCGUGCGACACGUGCGGGAAGGCCUUUCGGGACGUUUACCACCUGAAGCGGCACCGGCUGUCGCACACGGACGAGAGGCCCUUCCAGUGCCCCGUGUGCCAGCAGCGCUUCAAGCGCAAGGACCGCAUGGCCUCCCACGUCCGCUCCCACCAGGGCCACGUCCACAAGCCCUACGCCUGCGGACACUGCGGCAAGAGCUUCUCCAG